UGCAUACAUCAUCUUGUUAAAACAGACUGUGAGAGAGAAUUUUCCCAUGACUCCACCACCUUUCCUGUCUUGUUAACGUCCAUGCUGGGCUAUCGUGGCACGUGCAAGCUUAUUCCUUACCCACUUAUCUUUAUUCUUUACCCACCUCAUCCCACCACCGAGAAAAAACAGCCGUAGCUAGAAGACAAACACCCAAGAGAUGAUCCAAAUUUCUGUUGAAUAAAAAAAAUUUCAAAUCCUAAAAAAUAGCCGCUACCAAUCUUUAUUUUUACAUAAAAAAAAUGCAAAAUCAAUCCUACCGGAGAGCAUUUGUCAACAAGGCGUGGAACGCGUUUGCAUGUGAGAGAGAGAGGGAGAGCAAGGAAGCGAAGAGGAGGCAUGAGGAGCGGAGAGGAACAUCACGACGUAGUGAUCGUGGGUGGAGGAAUCUGCGGGCUCGCCACGGCUCUGGCUCUUCACAGGAAAGGAGUAAAAAGUCUUGUAUUAGAGAGAUCUGAUAGAAUACGAGCUACUGGUGCAGCAAUUGGUGUCUUCAUGAAUGGUUGGUGUGCACUUGAUAGACUUGGUGUAGGUGCCGUGCUUAGGGAUAAAACUAUCCCCAUUCCAGAGAUUCAAGAAGUAUGGCAUCGCAAGUCUGCAAUGCAAGUAAAAUCAACCAGGAUAGAAGAGUUCAGGUGCUUAAAGAGAACUGAUCUCAUUCAAGCGUUGUUUGACAACUUGCCUGUUGACUCGGUCCGACUUGGGUGCCAAAUUGUAGCAGUUGAAAGGGAUCCAUCAACGUCAUUCCCUAUUCUUUAUGUUCAUGAUGGGAUCAUCAUCAAAGCCAAGGUUCUGAUUGGCUGUGAUGGAUCAAACUCAGUCAUAUCUAAGUCGUUAGGGCUAGGAUCCCUAAAUUCGCUACCAAAUUGUGUGAUUCGCGGUCUUACGAAUUAUCCAAAUGGUCACAACCUCGAAAGUCAUUUUCUUCGGCAUCUGGAUGGCUAUAUGGCUUUUGGAAGAAUUCCCAUCGAUGACAACCUAGUGCAUUGGUUUGUAGAUUGGCCAUAUCCUAACAGAGAUAUAGAUGCUCCAAAGGAUCCUAAGUUUCUCAUGGAGUUGGCAAUGCAGCAAAUAAAGGACUACCCGGCCGAGAUGAUCGAGAUGGUCAAGAGCAGUGAUCCCAGCUCGCUAAACCUCACCCGCAUCCGUUACCGAUCACCAUGGCACCUUGUGUUCGGCAACUUCAGGAGAGGCACCAUGACAGUUGCAGGGGAUGCCAUGCACAUGAUGGGCCCGUUCCUUGGCCAGGGUGGUUGUGUGGCCAUGGAGGAUGCAGUGGUGCUUGCCAGGAACUUAGCACAGGCAAUGCCUAUGGGCUUGGAGGGUGGCAGAGUCGGUGACGGAGAGCUCAAGAAGAGAAUUGAGACAGCAUUGGAGAAUUACGUCAGGGAACGGAAGCCAAGGGUGCUGAAGUUGGCCAUGCAGUCAAUGCUAGUGGGAAUUUUGAUCUCUUCAUCAUCAAAGAUUAAGAGACUUCUGAGCCUUGCACUUUUACUUGUUUUCUUUGGCGGGGCUUCGCUUAGCUACACUCGUUAUGAUUGUGGCCCUCUCUAAGGGCUCAAGGAUUCACUUGUAUUGUUUGCUAUGUACCGAAAUGUAGCAUUUGAAA